CUUUGUUUUAAAUCAGACCUCUGAUUGGUCCUGCUGUGUGCUAAGAGAACGCAGCCAGGUUUAUCUGAGAGCCCCUCCCCACUGUGAGCUGUGGGCGGGCCCUGCUGGUCCCCUCUCUUCCCCGCAGUCCGCAGUAAAUCCUCCGGCUCCACCUGGGUGCAGCAGACUGCGGACCGUCUCCAUCACCCUGCUCCGCCCUGCGCUCCUCUGGCAGGUGGAAAGUCUAACAGGACCACCACCAUGGCGUUCGUCUCAGUGAUAGCUGUUCUGGCCCUGCUGGUGUCAGCUGAAGGUAGUGUUGGACCAAGUACAAAUGCCAGCUUCUGCACAGAGUCUAAAGAGUGUCUGGAAUAUCAGCUGGUCUGCAAAACAGACGAGUAUGAAGUGCGACACUACAGCCCCACUCGCUGGGUGUCAACAGAUGCUGAAGCUUAUUUUAUGGGAGUGGGAGCAGCCAUGGCUUUCAGGAGACUUUUCCAGUACAUCACCGGAGCCAACAACGCAGGUGUCCACAUGGAGAUGACUGCCCCUGUUUUGGUUAAGAUCCCAGAGGAGACUCAAAUGUGGGAGCCAACUAUCUACACACUCAGCUUUCCUCUGUCAGCAGCCUAUCAGGACCAACCGCCGGAGCCCACUAACGACAAGCUGUAUUUUACCGAGAUGCCGGAGAUGGACGUGUAUGUGAGGAGUUAUGGAGGGUGGAUGCUGUCGGUCACUUCCAGACUUCACGCUCACCUGCUGACUAAAGAACUGGAGAGAGUGAAAGCUCCCUACAACUCCACUUUCCACUACGGAGUGGGCUAUGACAGUCCCUUGAAGCUGUUGAACAGGCACAACGAGGUCUGGUAUGUGGCUGAGGGGGAGCCAGUCUGCAAGGAUCCACAGGAACCGACUCCUGCACACACUCCCCAUCCGACUCCCACUCAAUUGAUGGCCGACUCCCCGUCUGACCCUCUCCCACACACACUAUCUGAGUUACCCUCAUUAAUUCCAUCCAAUAUGUCCUCAAAUGAACCAUCCGACUCCUCUUCUCUGCUGCCCUCCGAUGCACCUGCUGUUCCUCCUUCUCACCCACCAGCCAAUCUGUCAUCUGACCCAACCUCUAGCCAACCUCCGCCCUCCACCCCCAUCUUUCUGGAUCCGGCGACUAACUCCUCUGAGGUCGUCUCCACAAGCCCGUCGCUGGAACCUCAGCGUGAUGACACGUGGAACAGCACAGCUGGAAGCUCUGUGGAUGCUGAGGUCAAACCGGAUGAUGCUCAAUAGCAGAUUGUUCAUCCAGGUAGAUGAAUUCACACCCUUGAGGUGUCACAAAGAAUGUUUGAUAGACAGAAAGGAUGCACUCCUUAUCCUUCCCUGUGUGUCUCACAAACUCCUCUCUGCGGCAGCGUGUGUUUUCUGAGUUCUGGUACAGCUUUGCACCUGCAGCCUCCUGCAUCCAACAUGUGCUUCCACUUAUUCAGAUGUUAGCAAACUGUUGCCUAUUUAAACCGACUAGGCUGUGUUGUCCAUGUUAGCUUACAAGUUAGAAUUCAGAGCUGUGGUGUCGAUGGUUGGAGCUAGCUGCUAACGUCCGUUCAUCCUCUAAAACUUUAACGUGAAAUCUGUUUAAAUAAAAAUCUGGGACUAAUGAAAAUAGGCCAUUAAACCAAUAGAAAGAAAAUUAUAUAAAUGUGGAUUUUUUACUAUUUGUUAUUUAUGCUUCAUCUCCUUCUUUCAUUAUUCUGCGUAGCAACAAUAAUGUUGUAUGUUUAUCAGGGUCAGUGUGCACAUUCAGUGGGAUCUUUGCUGCAAUAUUAACCUUUCAUAUUAACAACAAAACUUUUCAAAGAAAUCACAUUUAUUUCUUAUUUAGUCUUAAGAAAUAGCAGCAGUAGGAACUUUGUUGAAAAUAUCAGUUUUUUUUUGUAAUGUUCCUUAAAUGAGAUUUCAAGCAAUUUGAGCAAAGCAUUAAUAAGAUCAAGAACGCAGAUCACUGGUCUGAAGUUUAAGUUAGUAAAAACAAUUUAAAGCAAUACUAAUCUAUCAUAUUUUUAAAUAUUACAUAUAACAUUGUACUUUUGAGUUUGGGGGCUAUAAUAACCUAAUAUGAUCAGACUUUUAGCAUUAAAAUGCUUUUUGCAGUACAUACUUUUGUCUUAAUUUAGUAGAGGAGAAAAAGGCAAAUACAACAGGUGUUCAGCUUCCAAGGCAUUUUAAGGACCAGGAAACAACUUAUUUAAAAAAAAAUUAAAAACAGUUUUUGGAAUGAAAUGUUGAAUCUUAUCUUCAAGAAUAUACAUAAAAAUAGCUACAACCAGCUUCUGCACAGAAAAUAAGGCGCUAAUGUGAAGCUUCUGUGUACUUAUAGAGAAAAACUUUCCCCAAACAAAACAGAGCUGUGUGUUCCAUGACUCUUAGUAGGACAGCGUCAGAGACCACUUGUUGUCAAAUCAAUGCAAUAAAAAGUCUGUAUUAAUAAUAAAACAGAUUCUAUUAAUACAUCUCAGAGCUGCAUACUGAAUAUCCUGAGAAAGGCACAAUAAAACACAAACUCUUGUCAAA